UGAGGAAGCCGAAGACAUGGCGCUGCGCUUAGGACGUGCUGCUCACAGAAGAGGAUCUGUGCUGGGGAUAAGUCGUCUACUUGUGUCUGCGGUUCCCUGGUGUCAGUCUGGCCAGCGUUCCCACCACACUCCUGGCACCUCUCUGAAGUACAUACCACGGCGCGCCGUGCUGUACGUUCCCGGCAACGACGAGAGAAAACUGCAGAAACUGACUUCACUGGACGUGGACUGCGCUGUUCUCGACUGUGAAGAUGGAGUCGCCCUUAACAAGAAGGAGGAAGCUCGAAAAACCAUCCCAAAGAUGCUGGCUGAUCUGGAUCUGGGGCGUACGGAGAAGUGUGUACGGUUGAACUCUGUGUCCAGCGGCCUGGCCGAAGCCGACAUGGAGGUUAUUCUACAGGCGGACGUGCUGCCCACAGCUCUCAUGCUGCCAAAGGUGGAGAACACAGGAGAGGUGCAGUGGUUUGUUGACAGGUUUCAGCGGUACUUAAAAGGCAGACAGCUUGAGGAACCCAUCCGCUUGGUCACCUUUGUGGAAACUGCUUUGGGUCUGCUGAAUUUUAAGGCAGUGUGUGAAGCACUUCGAGAUCUUGGGCCAAAGGCAGGUCUUCAUCAUGACGGAGUUGUCUUUGGGUCAGAUGACUUUUGUGCCAGCAUAGGAGCCACACGGACUAAAGACGCUAGAGAACUCCUGUACGCUCGGCAGAAAGUGGUGGUUACCACCAAAGCGUUUGGUCUCCAGGCGAUCGACCUUGUUUAUAUCGACUAUCAGGAUGUGGAAGGGCUGAGGCAGCAGGCCAGAGAGGGCGCACUCAUGGGCUUCACUGGAAAACAAGUGAUUCACCCCAACCAGAUCAAGGCCGUUCAAGAGGAAUUUGCCCCCAGUCCAGAGAGAAUCAAGUGGGCCACGGAGCUGAUCGCUGCAUUCGAGGAGCAUCAGAAUUUGGGAAAGACGUCCAGACCUGCAUUUAGGACCAUUUAAACAGGACCUGUCAAAUACAAGGCAAGCAGAGAAAUGGUCGCAUGGCUCUGAGGUUUGGUUUAUGGGCUGCAUGGGCUGAAUGGACCAGGUGUAGAGCUCUGGCUCUUGGACAUGUCCGUGGACGACCUUGCUCUCAUCACCAAGAGCCUUGGAAAGCCUCCCAAUCCUGGGGAUCCAUAUUUGGACCAGCACCAAGUUUGGAGACCCACAGAUGUUGUGGUGAGGCCAGAUAUUAUGACAGUUGUCUCAUGCAGACAGUCAAGCUGAUUCAUAUGUGUUAACGAUGAAAGGGUAUGUGGUGCAUAUGUUGAGUUUUGAAUUCCAACUUUAUCUUAUAUUUUAUCAAGAUUUUUUUUUUUUAAUCUUGUAGUGGCCACAAUAUGUAUUACACUUAAAUAAUGGUUGUAUACUGUCCUUCUCAACUCUCAAAGCUGUUCGGGGAAAAAAAGGCAAUUGUAACAUUAUAACGGCAAUCACUAUUUAACCAGUAGGCUAUUUUUUUUUUUUCUUUUUAAAAAGUUUACUUAAACAUUUUGAAAUAACAUUUAAUAAGAAAUAUACAAAGAUAUUGACAUCAAUUGUGCAUUAUAGAUUUUUUUUUAAACAAAUCGUUGCAGUCGGUUCUGAUAGGCUAUUCUGCUAAUUGAUCUUUAUUUACAGUUUUAUUAUCAUUUUUCUUUAGACUUUACGGACUCUCUAUAGAUAUGUCCCCAUAGUCAUACCGGGCAGGUAUUCCUCACUAAUUCAAAAACUGUCAGUGUUACGAGAGAGAGCUUCAUAAAAUAUAAAUGGGUCGAGCUCGAAGAAAACUUUGAAAGUUUACAGUGAAAGUAAACGUCCUGCAAUCAAAUAGGACUGCGCUGCAUAAAUUAAAA